UUACCUUUAGGAAUUAUAACAUUUAUCACUGUUCCGUAUCUUCACAUUUGCAUUCAGGAUCUUCGUUUGCCAGAACUCUCAAGUUGUAAAAUAUAUCACAAGCAUUAAUGUAUACAGAAUUCCGAGGUGAAUUAAUAUUUAAAUGAAAUUCUUAGUUGAAGUUUUAUAAUUUCAUAUUAUUCAAACCUCCAUCUGUGAAAUUUUGAAAUAACUAUAUUUAAUUUCAGGUGGAUGGAAUCAAGAUAUGAUAUAUCAACUCAUGUUGUUCGGAGCAGGCGGACUUCUGUUUGGAAUAUUUUGUUUGAUUGGUAUAAUUAUAUGUAAAUGUAGAAGAAACCCAUUAUCCAAAAGUGGAAGGUUUAUGGUACAGACAGAUCAAGAACCCAGCAACCGUCAAUCCAUUCUGUAUGCCGUGCCCAGCGAUAUUGGGAACCAUGUGGGACCUUCAGUGCUUGUUCACAAAGAUGCACAAAUAGUAGCAAAUUACUCUUACAAUCACCUACACGAACCUGUGGAACAGAAAAAAGACAAUGUGUAUCCUGAGCUGGACUCUUGUGAUGACGUGUACAACCACCUCCAUGAAAAGGAUGCACCAUUGUGUGAAGGCGUGUAUGACGUCACAGAAAAUGUCUCUAAUGACAUGAAACACAGUUCUGAUGAUAACCCUGAAUCUGUUGGUCUCUAUGAUUUUGCUGAACCUAUAAAUGCUAACAUGUGUUAAAGAUACAGCAGGUGCACGCGUAAAACUUUUUAUAUUCUUUAAAUUCUUGAUAUUCAAAUCACAAAGAUUAUGUA